CUCUAGCAUUAAUCGUAUUUUCAUGAGUUUCUUUUUAAAAAUAUUUAAUAUUUAGUUUUGAAAACGUUUUAAAUGUUUUUUUCGUUUUAAUAACUUUGAUUUACGUACAUUCAAACAUAGUAUUUAGUAAUAAUAUAAUUUUACUUUACUUGGAUUGGUGAUAUUUUUUUAUACAAAGUACCACUACAUCAGUAGGUACUAGAGUCGUGAGUUUUUGUCACAACAAUUUUGGUUACGGGUAAUACAGUAAAGUACACUGCAUACACAAUGAAACCGGCAAGGAUUUGGUCAUUGAUUAAACAAGCGGUUCAUCACAACUCUGACAUGUCGUCGUCAUUGCCUUACGCACAAUUCGAAAAUGAAAACUAUUCAGAUGACCAAUUGGACAUCCCUAAGUCUCCGAGAGACAUUAAAGUUUAUCAUAUUGAUGGUACAUAUGAAACAGUUUCAGUUACCCUGAGUACAACAGCCGAAGAAGUAUGCUCUCAGAUAGGCAAAGACUUUUUCAGCGAAUGUUUUGGUUGGUCAAUAGUGGAACUCUGGAAGGACGAAGGGAUAGAGAGAACAUUAGAAAAUCACGAAUCAGUGUUAACRUGUUUCCAUAAAAUGAAGAAUGGAAAGAACAGAAUUUUGGUGCUCCAACUAAACAACAAAAUGUUUCACAUGUUCAAGCAUCCAGAAAAAUUCUCUCUCUACAAAACUCUGGAUAUUGCUAAAAAAAAAGAAGCCAAACUUAUAGAGGUAAUUUAA